CGCCCCCAACCGCUCACUGCCCCGCGAGCCCGGCUCCCUCCGACCGCGAGCCCCGCCCCCUCGGCCUCCUCCUCAUCGGCCGCCGUUGCGAGGCGCAGAGCGGCAGCAAGAUGGCGGCGCAACAGCAAGACGGCGGGGGUGCUGCGCAGCUGGCGGGGCCGGCGGCGGAGGCUGACCCCCUAGGCCGCUUCACGUGUCCCGUGUGCUUAGAGGUGUACGAGAAGCCGGUACAGGUGCCCUGCGGACACGUCUUUUGCUCUGCAUGCCUGCAGGAAUGUCUGAAGCCGAAGAAGCCUGUCUGUGGGGUGUGUCGCAGCGCUCUGGCACCUGGCGUCCGAGCCGUGGAGCUCGAGCGGCAGAUCGAGAGCACAGAGACUUCUUGCCAUGGCUGCCGUAAGAAUUUCUUCCUAUCCAAGAUCCGGUCCCACGUGGCUACUUGUUCCAAAUACCAGAAUUACAUCAUGGAAGGUGUGAAGGCCACCAUUAAGGAUGCAUCUCUUCAGCCAAGGAAUGUUCCAAACCGUUACACCUUUCCUUGUCCUUACUGUCCUGAGAAGAACUUUGAUCAGGAAGGACUUGUGGAACACUGCAAAUUAUUCCAUAGCACGGAUACCAAAUCUGUGGUUUGUCCGAUAUGUGCCUCGAUGCCCUGGGGAGACCCCAACUACCGCAGCGCCAACUUCAGAGAGCACAUCCAGCGCCGGCACCGGUUUUCUUACGACACUUUUGUGGAUUAUGAUGUUGAUGAAGAGGACAUGAUGAAUCAGGUGUUGCAGCGCUCCAUCAUCGACCAGUAAGCAGGGUCUGUGCUUGCUGUCUCAUGUUCCAGAGCUUCCAUUACAUAUUAAACGUGAAACGUAUGACUCCUGUACCUUACCUGUUCAACAGACCUGAAAAUGAGCCAUGGCAUUGGGACAAGGUCACUUCUGACAGGGGAAGUGGGUCCCCAGGUCAGCCCUCCUCUUCCCUUUGGGCUCUUGCCAAAGCUAUCUUCCCCUACUGUUAACCUUGUUUGUCACAUGGUCAAGUUCGUAUUGGUUCUCAGCUACUUCCUGGAGCUUCUGCCGCCUCCUGUGGAAGAGAAUAUAGCUUCUCCACCUCUUGUUUCACACUCAUUCCUCCCAUCCAGUGUUUGUCUCUCGGGUCCUUCAAGCCAGCCAGGACCUUUUCUGGGUCAUGAAUAGCACAAUGAAGCAAGUGUCUCCUUUCCUUGUCCCCAAGGUGUGCAGACUCUGGCAGCCGUGCACCUGACAGAGCUGAAGCUCCCGCUGGGCUAUGGGGUUGCCAGAAGCUGGGGUUGCCAUCCCGGGGUACAUGUCACCAGUCCUCUUGGGGUUUUGCACCAUCUGAUGCAGGGAGUUUUGAUUAGUGAUAUUUUCCUACUACUACAUAUCCUUUGAGUUCACUGGUUCAGUCUUAAAUGCCUGCAUGGUGCCUUUUUAGGAUAAGGUAUAACCAUGUAUUUUUGGUGGAAGUGUUUCUGGGUUAGGGAAGUUAAAGUCUGUUUAUCUGUAAGUGGGGAGGAGGGUCAGCUAAGAGAAGUGGGAGGGCCAGAGCUUUUUGGUUCUGAUUUACAAAUUAAUGAAGUAGUUUCAAACAACGCGGUCAUGUUUACCUCACCAUUUGGGAGCCUGCCUACAUUCUUGUUCUAGAAGCACAAAAAAGAAUCCUCAGAUGAAUUAGAAGAGAGAGGUUUGGAGACUCAGCGGAUACUAGUUCUUUUACCUUCUGCUUGGUAACUUAGAUUAAACUGAGCAUUGUUUUUCUAUCACAAAUGUUUUCCUUAUGACACUGGUUUCGACAUGUAAAAUGUGUUUGAAAACCUGCUUUGUAGAUGCAGAGAGAAGCUAUAGGAAACCCAGUACCGCCCCCUGGUCUGUUCUGACGAGACAUUGGUCAUAAGGCACAGCACAUCGCGUGAUGAACAGUUGUUAAUAAAAGCUGUUGCUGGAAACUUGCUUUAGGAACAGCUCAAGAACCUUGGAGUUCAUAUUUCACAAAUAUUAAUAAAUACAAGUGCUGGCCGGGCGCGGUGGCUCACGCUUGUAAUCCCAGCACUUUGGGAGGCCGAGGCGGGCGGAUCACGAGGUCAGGAGAUCGAGACCACGGUGAAACCCCGUCUCUACUAAAAAUACAAAAAAAUUAGCCGGGCGUAGUGGCGGGCGCCUGUAGUCCCAGCUACUCGGAGAGGCUGAGGCAGGAGAAUGGCGUGAACCCGGGAGGCGGAGCUUGCAGUGAGCCGAGAGGGCGCCACUGCACUCCAGCCUGGGCGACAGAGCGAGACUCCGUCUCAAAAAAAAAAAAAAAAAUAAAAAAAAAAUAAAUAAAUAAAUACAAGUGCAAGAGCUGUCAGCCUAAUCUGUAGGAGCAGAACCUCUGAUUGACCAAAAGGCAUAUGGGUUUAGGUUGGUACUUUGAUGUCAUAUGUCUCUGAUGGGGCUGCAAGUGCUACCUUGCGCUCGUACACCGCUGCUGUGGGGCUCCGUGCCUGUCGGUGAAGAGCUGCAGAUGCCAAGAAGCCAGCAAAGACAGGGCCCACUGGAAAAAAAUAGUUCUUUCAUUAGUAUUUCUCGGGAGGACCCAAAAGUUAAGGUCAGCUUGUUCACUGUAAUUUCUGGAAAAAGUUCACUCAGACCUUCCUGAAUUUAGAUCAUCUCAGAAAUCUGGAGGGAAAUGUGGCAAAACCUUCAUUUGAGGGACUGAUGUGAGUGUAUGUCCACCUCACGGGUGGCACCGAGAAACUUACUUCCUUGUAUUAAGUGCACUUCUUGUAUUUCUAAUAAGAUGACUUUCCAGAAAGUGAGAUUUGUUAUGUUCUGGCUUUUAAAAGGUGAAAUAUAAAUAAAUUUCGUAACUUAAUCUAA